CCUUCAACAAUUGAGUCAUGUAAUUUUUUAACAACAGCUUAAAAGUAUUAUUUCGCAGCCCGCCUGUCGCAGUCUAAAUUGUGUCAGAGACGAAUUAAAAUCGCAAUGAAGCUUUAUGUAAUAGUGCUGCUCUUCGCCGCCUGUAUCAGCGCGGAUGACGAUGGCGAGGAGAACUUCUACGACCGACUGCAAGAUCUGGUCAAGUCCAAGUGCGCAGCUAAUGCCGGAGAAGAGGAAGCUGAAAAGGCGAUAGACGCUCUGGACACAUUCCAAAGGCAAUGGCAAGUGGCGCCCCCAACUGAAAACCUGUACGGGGUCGCGUUUUACAACUACUGCGUGACUAACGCCAAAAAUUUCACCACGUAUCUGCUAACAGCAGUAGACGCGAUAAUGCCCUGCCUCUCUUCGGAGGAAGAGUACCUGAAACCGUUCAUCAUUACCACCUACGGCGACUACAACCAACACCUGUGCAAGUUCAUGGAGUUGCUAACCGUCUCCGAAUCCAAGAAGAGAUACAAAAACAAGUGCGACGAAAUCAUGAGCGAUAACCCCGAGCUCGAUCCCCUUCGCGAGUGUUACAAGGAGUCGACGGUUUUCGGGGAGAACGCCACCGCAACUACCAUAUCAAAGCAAAAGCUCUGCGAGGACCUCCAAGAUAUCCGCUGCUGCUACGACAAGAUCUUCAAGGAGAACUGUCCCGAGAUACCCGAGUACACCGACCUGAAACAGGUGCUCCUCGCCCAGGGUCUCGCCCAAUGCGCCGACGAGCUCGCGAGCAGCGAGGAGGAGAGUUCCGAGAGAAAUUCCGAGUGAUUCUCUCGACGCUUAUAAUACCACUACUUGUAAACGGCCUCGAAAAUAAAGGGUACGCAGUAUUUUAA